AUGUGCUCAAAUUAUUUUGAGAAAUUAAUAAUUCAAGCUCGGCAAUUUGAUAAUGAUAUUGAAAAAUUAAGUGAUACAUGGAAACUGCCAAUUGCUUUAAUUGGACGUUUUGCAGAAUGUACUGAAGAGACAAAUUCUCAUAUAGAAGCUAUAUGGAGUGUUAUAAAAAAUACUCAAAAUGGGAUAGAAGAAAUUUUAUCAGAAAUAAAAGAAAGUAAAUCAGAAGGUUCCGUUAACAUAGAACAAUUUCUUCAAGAAACGAAGGAUGCAUAUGAAAGUUUAAUACAAGAGUGCAAUAAUAUAGAAAGUGUUCUAGGAGAAUAUGGUUAUCAUUACACUCACAAUGAUAGUUCAGAUAAAGUAAGUGUAAACAGUAGUACAAGUAUUAAUCAACACUCUGUUGGAAACAUAGAAACUUUAGAAGUUGAAUUUACACCUAAUCUUAGUUGGAAGUGUAAAAAAAAACAAAAGGAGUUAAUACCAGCACCUAAUGAUAGUUGUGUAUUACGUACAUUUAUGACAUCAAUUUCAGAAGGCACUCCUAACACAUACAAAGAUUACACAUCUACUCCAGUGAGAGAACGACCACAAGAACCAAUUUAUUCUAGACAUUUUUAUAAUAUAUUAAAAAAAUGA